AUGUUUUUUUUUAAAAAUGUUCAAAGAUAUUGUUUUUAUAGAAGAAUAUAUGAAAAUAUACAAAUCAUAAGGGCAUUACAAAUAAAAGAAAAAGCAAAAAAUAAUGUAACGAAAAGAAGAGAGGGGUGGUGGGAUAAUAAUGUAAAUGAAAAUGAUAGAAAUAUGUGUAGGUCAAAGAAUUAUUUGUCGGGAUGUACUACUAGGGAUGACAAUAUGAAGGAUGAUAAUAUGAAGGAUGAUAAUAAGAAAGAUGAUAAUAUGAAGGAUGAUAAUAAGAAAGAUGAUAAUAAGAAAGAUGAUAAUAUGAAGGAUAAUAAUAUGAAGGGUAGAAAUACAAAAUGUGAUAAUAUAAAAGAUAAUAAUAACGAUAAUAAUAGUAUUAAUAAUAAUAGUAUUAAUAAUAAUAUUAAGGAUAAAGAUGAAAAACAUUUCUAUAAAAACAUCUUUUCCGAGUUAAAAAAAGUAAAUGGUAAAUGUUCAAAGAGAUAUGUCCCUGUAGAUGAAAAAAAGAUAAAAACUGUAACAAAUGAAGAUCAUUUAUCAAAGAAAAAUAUCCUAGAAAGUGAAAAAAAGGAUGCAUAUUUUUCCUCUACACAUGAUGAAGGAAAUAAUAAAGAAGAAAUUAAAAAUGACAAUAUAUGGAUUAUUCCACAAAGUAUUCCAUCAAAUGAUGUGUAUAAUAUAUCGAAACAGAAAAAAGGACAAUAUAAAAAUAAUGAAACAAAAGAAAAAUAUUUAAGAGAAAAAAAUAAAUAUUUAGUAAGAAAGGAUAUUUACUUAAAAGUUAAAAAUGAACAUAUUAAUAAUAAAGAGUUGUUACGAAAAAAAGAAAUAUAUCCUAAAAGAGAUAUGAAUAAAAAUAAUAAAUUAAAAAUGAAAAAAAUAAUAAAAGAAAAAAAUGAGGAGAUGCUAAUUAAAAAGAAUGAUAAGGAUAAAAUAUCUCAACUGGAUAUAAUAAAUAAAAAUAAGGGAACAAAAAAUGUGGAUAAUAGAAAAAACUAUUUAAUAGUAAAAAAUGGUAGUAGCAGUAGUAAUAAUAAAAUGAAUUAUUUAUUAAGUAAUAAUAAUAAUAAUAAUAAUAAUAACAAAGUUCUUUUCAAUAAUGGAAAAAAAAUUAAUAAUAUGGAAGGAGAACAAAAAGAUGAUAUUAAUAAUUCACAAAUGCAUAAUUAUAAAAAUAAAGAUGUAUCAAAUAAAAUUAUAAUUUCAUCACAAAAUAGUUUUUUACCAAAUGUGGAAAAGAAUAAUAUUUUUGUUGAGUAUGAAACUCACUGGGAUAAUGAUAAAAUAAAAGAAAUGUUAGAACUUCAAAAGGAUACAAAGAUAUUGAAAAAUUAUUUAUUUAAAGGGGUACUAUAUAUUUCACCCUUUGAUACAAAUAAAUGCUUUGUUAUUAGUAAAGAAACAGAUGGGUUAAUGAAAUGUAAACUUUAUUCGGUGUAUGGUUAUAUAAGUAGGAAUAGAGCUUUAAAUGAUGAUGUAGUAUAUGCAUAUACAGAACGAAGAACUAUCAAAAAUGAAAAUGUUUCAAAUAUGGAAAUUAAUAUAGGAAUGGAAAAAGAAAAAUAUGAAAACAGAGACAAGAUAGAUGUUGUAAAAAAUCAAUACAAUGAAAAAGAAGACAAUAAUAAUGAAAAAAAUGAAGAAAUCGAAAAAGGUAAAUUUUGUAGAGUUGUGAAAAUUGUUGAAAGGAAGAAUGUGGAGGUGGUCGGUUCUUUAAAUUAUUUAAAUAUAAAGGAAAAAAUAAAUAAUAUUUUUGGAAAGAAAAGUAAAUUUAAUAAAAAUAAAAAAAAAAAUGAAAAUUGCUAUAUAGAAUUGGAUGAUAAUAAUAUGGGAAAUAAUAUGGUUGAUGAUGUUUUUAAAUAUAACAAUCAUGAUGAUAUAAAUAAUAAUAAUAAUAUAUUACAUUCAUCCAAUAUAUUCCACCUUUUGAAUGAAAAAAAUAAUUAUGUUUAUGCAAAAAUACAACCAACAGAUUCUAGAUUACCUUGUUUUAUUUAUGACUCUUCCAAUAAUAUUACAAACAUGUUAUUAAAUUAUAUAAGAAGAGAAAAAUUAAAUGUAUAUGUUAUUGUAAAAUUUAAAGAAUGGGAAAAAAAACAAAUAAAUCCUAUAGGAAAUAUAACUACCAUUUUAGGUAAUGAAAAUAAUUUUUUUGGUAUCAUAUAUUUAUUUUUAUACUUAUAUAAAAUUCAUUAUUAUAUUUAUAAAAUAACAGAUAUGAAUUAUUUGAAAUCUCAAAUUGUAAUCAGUGAUAAAAUUAUGAACUCUUUUAUUAAUCGUAAAAGCCAUAUGGAACAAUUAUUAUUAUUAAAUGGAUAUAACAAAGAAAAAGAAUAUUCCAUCCAAGAAAUAAAUAAAAAAAUUGCUUAUUUAAAAAAUGCACAAAAAGAGAAAAAAUUGUUAGAAAAAUAUAUGUUGAAAAGCUUUUUAUCAAAUAGGUAUAUAAUUACAGACCUUGAUAUAUUUACUAUAGAUCCAACAAAAGCUAAAGAUUUGGAUGAUGCUUUAUCUAUAGAAUUUAUAAAGGAUAAUAAAGAACAACAAGAAUUAAAAUACAGAUACAAAAUAGGAAUACAUAUAUCAGAUGUGUCCUUUUUUGUUACACCUAAUUCGUAUUAUGAUAAUCUAGCUUCAAAAAUAUGCAACACUGUAUAUAUGGAUUUUACGGUCCUUCAUAUGCUUCCCUCAAUUUUAAGCGAAGAAAUAUGCUCAUUAAACACAAAAGGAGAAAAGCUAGCCUUUUCCAUAUUUUUCUACGUAGAUAAUAUAAGUAACCCAUAUAAUAUCACGCAAAUGGAAUAUGAUGGUUAUGAAAAGAAACCACAUUUUAUAGAAAUUAAAAAAACAUUGAUUAGAAGUAAAUAUAAAUUAAAUUAUGAUAUGGUUGAAGAUUAUAUAGAAGAUAUAUAUAUAAAUAUAAAGGAAAAGGAUAAAGAUAUUAACACUAUUGAAGAGGUAAUAUUAAUUAAUGGGAAUAUAUCAUUAAGCUAUUUUAUAUAUAAUUUUGAUGAUAUAUGUAAAAAGUAUAAUAUAUCUGAAAAAAUUGGUGGUGAUAUAUUCAGAUUAUAUUUAUUAUCAAAAAUGUUGAAACAAAAAACAAAGAGGAAAAAUAUAUAUCAAAAAUAUUCCUUAUUAUUUUCUUUAAAUAAUAAUAAAAAGAAUAACUCGGAAAAAAUACUUCCAUUAAGUAUAGAACAAUUAAGUAAUAAAUAUUUAUCGAAAAUAAGAAAUACUAAUGAUAUUAAUAAUAAGAAUAAUAUGUAUAAAAGUUUUAAUCAAUUUUUAAUAGAUGAAGGUUAUUAUAAUUUAUUAGAACCUAUGAAUUUAAAAAACGUGGAUAUUGAAAUAUUAGAAUAUAAAAAGAGGAGUCAUAUGUUAAUUGAAGAAAUGAUGAUACUUACUAAUUUUUUAGUAGCAAAUGUUAUAUCUAUUAAUAAUAAGUUAGGUAUAUUAAGAAUACAUGAAGAUACAUCUGAAGACAUUAAAAAAAAUUUAUUAAAAAUAAUAGAUUAUCAAACAUAUAAUAAAAUUAAUACAAUGAUAAAUAUCGAAAAUAAUAAUAUUAAUGAUAUUUUAUUAGUUAGUCAAAAAGUAUUGAACGAAAAUCAGUUCUUAUGUUUACAAUAUAAUUUAUUAAAAUAUUAUAAAGAAGCUAUAUAUAUACCAACCGUAGAAGGACAAAAUAACACAACCCAUUUUGGACUUGUUCUGAACAAAUAUAUUCAUUUUACUUCACCAAUAAGAAGAUAUAUAGAUAUAGUAAUUCACCGAAUUUUACAAAGUUUAAUUGAUCAAGAUAAUGUUGGGAAUUACAAAUAUGAUAUGUUAAAAAAUAUAUGUGACCAGUGUAAUUAUCAAAAGAAAAAAUCAGACGAGGCACAAAUUCAUAUGAAAAAUUAUUUCUUAAAUAAAUAUUUAAUAUAUUUGAAUGAUAUAUAUAAAAGAGUAAUGCAAAACCAUCGUAUGAAUGGUUAUUAUAGUGUGCACGGAAAUAAUGAAAAUAAUAUUGAUGAGAAUAAUAAUAAGAUAUAUAAUAAUAUUGAUGAGAAUAAUAAUAAGAUAUAUAAUAUUGAUGAGAAUAAUAAUAAGAUAUAUAAUAAUAUUGAUGAGAAUAAUAAUAAGAUAUAUAAUAAUAUUGAUGAGAAUAAUAAUAAGAUAUAUAAUAAUAUUGAUGAGAAUAAUAAUAAGAUAUAUAAUAAUAUUGAUGAGAAUAAUAAUAAGAUAUAUAAUAAUAUUGAUGAGAAUAAUAAUAAGAUAUAUAAUAAUAUUGAUGAGAAUAAUAAUAAGAUAUAUAAUAUUGAUGAGAAGAAUAAUCAAAUAAGUAAUAAUUAUAUCCAUUUGGAGGAUGAAAAUAAAAAGUUAUAUAAUCCUUCAAAUAAAAACGUACAAAGAAGAGAUCACAUAAGUUUAUCAACUUAUAAAGAAAUUUUAUAUAUGUCCAACUAUAUGCCUAUUAAAAAAUAUUUUUAUUUAAACAAUGGUAUUAUAAGUUUUUUAACAGAAGCAUAUAUCCAAGAAAUAAUUAUUACGAAAAGUAUAAGAGAAAAUAUAUGUAUAAAUAUAGUAAAAGAAAAUUAUAUUUCUAUUAAUGAAAAUUAUAGUAAUGAAAUAAUUCCAUAUACUUGUUUUAUAUGUAAUGAUUAUCCCCAUAAAGAUAUAGAAAAAGAUUAUAUUCGUAAUGAUAAUUUAAAUAAUGACAAUUCAUUAUUUAAUUCGCAAAUGGAUAAUAAUGAAAAUGAAACUAAUGUAGAAACAUUAUUUAAAAAAUCUAUAAAUGAAAAUAAUAAAUUAAAAAAUGCUAUUGUAUUUUAUGUACCAAUAUUGGAGAUAGAGAAAUCUAUAAGUGAUAAUUUAUUAAGCCUAAAAUUUCACUUUUUAAUUAUUUCUUAUAAGGAAAAAAUAUAUAUUUACAAUAUACUAAAAGGUGUAUUAUAUGAAAUGUGUAAUAAUAUUUUAUUAUGUAGAAAUGAAAAAAAUAAUAAUGAUAUAUAUGAUGAUGACAUUAAUUUAGAAGAUGAAUAUAAAAAAAAUAAAGAAUUGUAUGAUAUUUUUGAAAAGAUUAAACAUAUUCAAUUGGAUAUAAAAUAUAAAAUGGAAAGUGUUGAAAAUAAAAAAGAUUUUCAAAAUGUAUAUGAUGGUUUAUAUAUUCAUGAUGUACUUAUUGAAAAAAAUAAAAAUGAAAAAGACGAGGAAAAUAAAUCAAACAUAUUGACAUAUAAAAAAAAUACUACCAUUAAUAACAUAUCAAAUGAACAAAAUUAUAUAAAUAAUGUGGAAAAUGAUGAAAGUGAAUAUUUAAAAUGUUUAAAUGAUAAAAAAUUAGAAUAUAAAUAUUAUAAUAGUUAUGAAAAAUUAAGUAGAUUUCAAAAAAAUAAAGUUUUUAUAAUACCGGGAAGCCAAAUGUGGACAUUACGCCUAAUUUGA